AUGUGCAUGGCUGCCACCCUCCCCAGGAGGUCCCCAGCCAUAGCCCGGGGCGGCCCUGUGCGGGGCGUGAGGAAGACCGCUGGCCAGGGAGCCACCAGCUACCACGUCCCAUGCGUUCCCCAUAGAUUUCUGCUCUACCUUUGCCCUGACCACAGGAGGUUUGCUGACAGGGCACAGUGGCGGGCUCAUUCCUUCUCCUCACGGGUGCCCAGGCCUGUGCACACACGCGGCACCAUCUGCACCCCACCCCUGGGCCACAGAGGGCCGAGUGCCAGCCAGUCCUCAGCAAGCUGACUCUGUCUCCUGUGUCCACAGGUCUACGCCAUUCUAGUCAGUCAUCCUCCCACCCCCAACGACCACUUCACCCCUACUCCCGUCUCCUACACAGCCGGCUUCUACCGCAUCCCUGUGCUAGGGCUGACCACCCGGAUGUCCAUCUAUUCAGACAAGGUAAGCCUGACCCACACUGGGACCCAGCCAGAAACCUCACCACCUGGCCCCACCCAGUCCCGGGCCUCGGUGUUUGCGAGCUCCAGGUCCGAGCCCGUCUGCAGACCUGCCGAGGAGAGUAAAAAAAGGAACUAUGAAAACCUCGACCAACUGUCCUAUGACAACAAGCGCGGACCCAAGGCUGAAAAGGUUCUGCAGUUUGACCCGGGGACCAAGAACGUGACGGCUCUGCUGAUGGAGGCGCGGGAGCUGGAGGCGCGCGUCAUCAUUCUCUCCGCCAGCGAGGACGACGCUGCCACGGUGUACCGUGCGGCCGCGAUGCUGAACAUGACGGGCUCCGGCUACGUGUGGCUGGUGGGCGAGCGCGAGAUCUCGGGGAACGCCCUGCGCUACGCCCCGGAUGGCAUCAUCGGACUGCAGCUCAUCAACGGCAAGAACGAAUCGGCCCACAUCAGCGACGCGGUGGGUGUGGUGGCCCAGGCGGUGCAUGAGCUGCUGGAGAAGGAGAACAUCACGGACCCGCCCAGGGGCUGCGUGGGCAACACCAACAUCUGGAAGACUGGGCCGCUGUUCAAGAGGGUGCUUAUGUCUUCCAAGUACGCGGAGGGCGUGACUGGCCGCGUGGAGUUCAAUGAGGACGGGGACCGGAAGUUCGCCAACUACAGCAUCAUGAACCUCCAGAAUCGCAAACUGGUGCAAGUGGGCAUCUACAAUGGCACCCAUGUCAUCCCGAAUGACAGGAAGAUCAUCUGGCCAGGGGGAGAGACGGAGAAGCCGCCGGGGUACCAGAUGUCUACCAGGCUAAAGAUCGUGACCAUCCACCAGGAGCCCUUCGUGUACGUGAAGCCCACCAUGAGUGACGGGACGUGCAAGGAGGAGUCCACGGUCAACGGCGACCCGGUCAAGAAGGUCAUCUGCACGGGGCCCAACGACACUUCCCCAGGCAACCCACGACACACCGUGCCUCAGUGUUGCUAUGGCUUCUGCAUUGACCUGCUCAUCAAGCUGGCACGAACCAUGAACUUCACCUACGAGGUGCACCUGGUGGCGGAUGGCAAAUUCGGCACCCAGGAGAGGGUAAACAACAGCAACAAAAAGGAGUGGAAUGGCAUGAUGGGCGAGCUGCUCAGUGGGCAAGCAGACAUGAUUGUGGCACCACUGACCAUCAACAAUGAGCGGGCGCAGUACAUUGAGUUCUCCAAGCCCUUCAAGUACCAGGGCCUGACCAUUCUGGUCAAAAAGGAGAUCCCCAGGAGCACCCUAGACUCGUUCAUGCAGCCCUUUCAGAGCACACUGUGGCUGCUGGUGGGGCUGUCCGUGCACGUGGUGGCUGUGAUGCUGUACCUGCUGGAUCGCUUCAGUCCCUUUGGCCGAUUCAAAGUGAAUAGUGAGGAAGAAGAAGAAGAUGCGCUGACUCUGUCAUCUGCCAUGUGGUUCUCCUGGGGUGUCCUGCUCAACUCUGGCAUUGGAGAAGGUGCGCCCCGGAGCUUCUCGGCGCGCAUCCUGGGCAUGGUGUGGGCCGGCUUCGCCAUGAUCAUCGUGGCCUCUUACACUGCCAACCUGGCUGCCUUCCUGGUGCUAGACAGGCCCGAGGAACGCAUCACAGGCAUCAAUGACCCACGGCUCAGGAACCCCUCCGACAAGUUCAUUUAUGCGACUGUGAAGCAGAGCUCGGUGGACAUCUACUUCCGGCGGCAGGUGGAGCUGAGCACCAUGUACCGGCACAUGGAGAAGCACAACUAUGAGAGCGCCGCAGAGGCCAUCCAGGCCGUGCGGGACAACAAGCUUCACGCCUUCAUCUGGGACUCAGCUGUUCUGGAGUUCGAGGCUUCCCAGAAGUGUGACCUGGUAACCACAGGAGAGCUGUUCUUCCGCUCUGGCUUUGGCAUUGGCAUGCGCAAGGACAGCCCCUGGAAACAAAAUGUCUCCCUGUCCAUACUCAAGUCCCAUGAGAACGGCUUCAUGGAAGACCUGGACAAGACAUGGGUCCGGUACCAGGAAUGCGACUCUCGCAGCAAUGCCCCUGCAACCCUCACUUUUGAGAACAUGGCAGGGGUCUUCAUGCUGGUGGCUGGCGGCAUCGUGGCGGGGAUCUUCCUGAUUUUCAUUGAGAUUGCCUACAAGAGACACAAGGAUGCCCGCAGAAAGCAAAUGCAGCUGGCCUUUGCAGCCGUGAACGUGUGGAGGAAGAACCUGCAGGAUAGAAAGAGUGGUAGAGCAGAGGCUGACCCUAAAAAGAAAGCCACAUUUAGGGCUAUCACCUCCACCCUGGCCUCCAGCUUCAAGAGACGUAGGUCCUCCAAAGACACGAGCACCGGGGGUGGACGCGGCGCUUUGCAAAACCAAAAAGACACAGUGCUGCCGCGACGCGCUAUUGAGAGGGAGGAGGGUCCGCUGCAGCUGUGUUCCCGUCAUAGGGAGAGCUGAGACGCCCCGCCCGCCCUCCUCUGCCCCUCCCCCGCAGACAGACAGACAGACGCGGG